AUGUCCUCCUCUACCGUCCCUCUCCGUCAGAUCCCCUCGCUCGCCUCCCUCUACAAAGCCGCCAAGCUCCAUCCCAGCUCCAUCGGGUCCGCCACCGGCGCGUCCGCCUCGGCCAACCGGCGCGCAGCCCUCAUCCGCGGCGACAUCACCAAGCUGGAGGUCGACGCCAUUGUCAACGCCGCCAACACGGCGCUGCUCGGCGGCGGCGGCGUCGACGGCGCCAUCCACCGCGCGGCCGGCCCCGGCCUCCUCGACGAGUGCCGCGCCCUCGGCGGCUGCCCGACCGGCGAGGCCCGCAUCACCAAGGGCUACCUCCUGCCCGCCCAGUACGUCAUCCACGCCGUCGGCCCCGUCUACAGCAGCGACGAGGCGAGCGCGACGCUCCUGCGCAGCUGCUACCGCGCCGGCCUCGAGCUCGCCGCCGCCAAGGGCCUCAAGUCGGUGGCGUUUAGCGGCAUCAGCACGGGCAUCUACGGCUACCCCAGCAUGGACGCCGCCGUGGUCGCGUGCAGGACGGUGAGGGAGUAUCUGGACGAGCACGAUGGCCCGCUUGAAAAGGUCGUGUUUGUCACGUUUCUGCAAAAGGACGUGGAUGCCUACAACAGGAUCAUCCCGUGA